GGGAAGUGAGGCGGCACCCAGGUCGUGGAGCGGAACGAAGCCGAGCCCCUCUGAUCUUCCCAAUCCCGCGCGGCGACAACAUGAGAGCGUGCAGCCCGGCCCUCUGCAUCCUCCUGCUGCUGCUCUGUCUGGCGCAGGUGUUUUCCCAGUCCUGUGUUUGGUAUGGAGAGUGUGGGAUUGCAACUGGAGAUAAGAGGUACAAUUGCAAAUAUUCUGGGCCACCAAAACCAUUGCCAAAGGAUGGGUAUGACUUGGUGCAGGAGCUCUGUCCAGGAUUCUUCUUUGACAAUGUUACUCUUUGUUGCGACGUUCAGCAGCUUCGGACGCUGAAAGACAACCUGCAGCUGCCUCUACAGUUUCUGUCCAGAUGUCCAUCCUGUUUUUAUAACCUAAUGAACCUGUUUUGUGAGCUGACCUGUAGCCCCCAACAGAGUCAGUUUCUGAAUGUCACAGCAACUAAAGAUUAUGUUGAUCCUGUUACAAACCAGACAAAAACGAACGUAGAAGAGUUACAGUACUAUAUUGGAGAGAGGUUUGCCAAUGCCAUGUACAAUGCCUGCCGGGACGUGGAGGCCCCCUCAAGUAAUGACAAAGCCUUGGGGCUGCUGUGUGGGAAGGACGCCAAGGCCUGCAAUGCCACCAACUGGAUUGAGUACAUGUUCAACAAGGAUAAUGGGCAGGCUCCUUUCACCAUCACGCCCAUUUUUUCAGACGUUCCAGUGCUUGGGAUGGAGCCCAUGAACAAUGCCACCAAGGGCUGUGACGAGGCUGUGGACGAGGUCACAGGGCCCUGCAGCUGCGAGGACUGCUCAGUUGUCUGUGGCCCCAAGCCCCAGCCCCCACCCCCUCCUGCUCCUUGGACAAUCUUUGGCUUGGAUGCCAUGUAUGUCAUCAUGUGGAUCACCUACAUGGCAUUUUUGCUUGUGUUUUUUGGAUCAUUUUUUGCAGUGUGGUGCUACAGAAAACGGUAUUUUGUCUCUGAGUACACACCUAUUGACAGCAAUAUAGCAUUUUCCGUCAAUGCCAGUGACAAAGGGGAGCCAUCCUGCUGCGACCCGCUCAGUGCAGCCUUUGAGGGCUAUUUGAGGCAGCUGUUCACACAGUGGGGGGCUUUCUGCGUCCGAAACCCCGGCUGCAUCAUCAUCUUCUCCCUGGUCUUCAUUGGCAUGUGCUCAUCGGGCCUGGUGUUUAUGCGGGUCACGACCAAUCCCAUCGACCUCUGGUCAGCCCCUGGCAGCCAGGCGCGCUGGGAGAAGGAGUACUUUGACAUGCACUUUGGGCCUUUCUUCCGCACGGAGCAGCUCAUCAUCCGAGCCCCCCACACUGCCAAGCACAUCUACCAGCCGUACCCCUCGGGGGCCGACGUGCCUUUUGGACCUCCACUUAACAUAGAGAUUUUGCACCAGGUUCUUGACUUACAGACAGCCAUCGGAAACAUUACUGCAUCGUAUAACAACAAGACUGUGACGCUUGAGGACAUCUGCUUGGCCCCGCUGUCACCGUAUAACAAGAACUGCACCAUUCUGAGUGUGUUAAAUUACUUCCAGAACAGCCAUUCCAUGCUGGACCACAAAACAGGGGACGAGUUCUUUGUGUACGCAGACUACCACACGCAUUUUCUGUACUGUGUGCGGGCUCCCACCUCUCUGAAUGAUACAAGCUUGCUCCACGAUCCUUGUCUGGGUACGUUUGGUGGACCUGUGUUCCCGUGGCUUGUGUUAGGAGGCUACGAUGAACAAAACUACAAUAAUGCCACUGCCCUCGUGAUUACCUUUCCUGUCAGUAAUUACUACAACGACACAGAGAAGCUGCAGAGGGCCCAGGCCUGGGAAAGAGAGUUUAUUAACUUUGUGAAAAGUUAUGAGAACCCAAAUCUGACCAUUUCUUUCACUGCGGAACGAAGUAUUGAAGAUGAGGUAACCCGUGAAAGCAACAGCGAUGUCUUCACCAUUGUCAUUAGCUAUGCUGUCAUGUUUUUAUACAUUUCCAUUGCCUUGGGGCACAUCAAAAGCUGUAACAGACUUCUGGUGGACUCGAAGAUCUCCCUGGGCAUCGCGGGCAUCCUGAUUGUGCUGAGCUCGGUGGCCUGCUCCUUGGGCAUCUUCAGCUACAUCGGGAUCCCUCUCACCCUCAUUGUGAUCGAAGUCAUCCCGUUCCUGGUGCUGGCUGUGGGGGUAGACAACAUCUUCAUCCUGGUGCAGACCUACCAGAGAGAUGAACGUCGUCAAGGGGAAACACUGGAUCAGCAAGUGGGCAGGGUCCUGGGGGAAGUGGCUCCUAGUAUGUUCCUGUCAUCCUUUUCAGAGACGGUAGUGUUUUUCUUAGGAGGCUUGUCAGUGAUGCCAGCCGUUCAUACUUUCUCUCUGUUUGCGGGAAUGGCCAUCUUCAUCGACUUCCUCCUUCAGAUUACGUGUUUUGUGAGUCUCUUGGGCUUAGACAUUAAGCGUCAAGAGAAAAAUCGGCUAGACAUCCUUUGCUGUGUGAGAGGUGCUGACGAUGGAACAAGUGUCCAAGCCUCUGAGAGCUGCUUGUUUCAAUUCUUUAAAAACUCCUAUUCCCCACUUCUGCUUAAGGACUGGAUGCGGCCGAUUGUGGUAGCGAUUUUUGUGGGGGUCCUGUCAUUCAGCAUCGCAGUGCUGAACAAAGUAGACAUUGGAUUGAAUCAGUCUCUUUCAAUGCCAGAUGACUCCUACGUAUUGGAUUACUUCAAGUCCCUCAACCGGUACCUCCACGCGGGGCCUCCUGUGUACUUUGUCCUGGAGGAAGGGCAUGACUAUACGUCCCUGAGAGGACAGAACAUGGUGUGCGGUGGCACGGGGUGCAACAACGAUUCCCUAGUCCAGCAGUUAUUUAACGCGGCCGAGCUGGACAGCUACACCCGAAUAGGCUUUGCUCCCUCGUCCUGGAUUGAUGAUUAUUUCGAUUGGGUUAAGCCUCAGUCAUCUUGCUGUAGAGUCUCCAAUAUCACAAAUCAGUUCUGCAAUGCUUCAGUGAUCGACCCUGCCUGCGUGCGCUGCCGGCCACUCACCCCAGAGGGCAGACAGCGGCCCCAGGGUAAAGACUUCAUGAAAUUCCUGCCUAUGUUCCUUUCUGACAACCCCAACCCCAAGUGCGGCAAAGGGGGACAUGCUGCGUACAGUUCAGCAGUUAAUAUCCUUGGCAAUAACACUAGUGUCGGAGCGACAUAUUUCAUGACCUACCACACUGUGCUUCAGACCUCUGCUGACUUCAUCGAUGCCAUGAAGAAAGCCCGACUGGUAGCCAGCAACAUCACUAAAACCAUGGGCAUUAACGGAAGUAAUUACCGUGUGUUCCCAUACAGUGUGUUUUAUGUCUUCUACGAGCAGUACCUGACCAUUAUUGAUGACACUAUCUUUAACCUCGGUGUGUCCUUGGGAGCGAUAUUUUUGGUGACCUUUGUUCUCCUGGGCUGCGAGCUGUGGUCUGCAGUGAUCAUGUGCAUCACCGUCGCCAUGAUCCUGGUCAACAUGUUUGGGGUCAUGUGGCUGUGGGGCAUCAGCUUGAAUGCUGUGUCCUUGGUCAACUUGGUUAUGAGCUGUGGCAUCUCCGUGGAGUUCUGCAGCCACAUCACGAGGGCGUUCACCGUGAGCACCAAGGGCAGCCGCGUGGGUCGCGCGGAGGAAGCACUCUCACACAUGGGCAGCUCUGUAUUCAGUGGAAUCACACUAACAAAAUUUGGAGGGAUUGUGGUGUUGGCCUUUGCCAAAUCUCAAAUUUUCCAGAUAUUUUACUUCAGGAUGUAUUUAGCUAUGGUCUUACUGGGAGUCACUCAUGGAUUAGUAUUUCUUCCUGUCUUACUCAGUUAUGUAGGACCAUCAAUAAAUAAAGCCAAAAGUAGCGCCACUCAAGAGCGAUACAGAGGCACAGAGCGGGAGCGACUCCUCAAUUUCUAGCCCUCUCCGAGGGCUCGGUGACUUUGCCGUGUCUAAGGGUCGGUCAGUUUACCACUGGACAGUAGCCGCAGGGCAGAGGCGAAGUGAACCCUGGAUGUUACCGAACAUCAGGCUGUUCCACAGCAGCAGCUCCAGACAUAGCGCUUUUAAUCUCAGGAAUGCAAGUUUGACUUACUUAAGCAGAGUUACUAAACCUGAAGGCGGCUGCAGGACAAAAGCCUCUUCCAGCUUCUCCGGGAAGGAAACCUGGUUCUUCAGCAAGCUGAAGGUGACACUGGCCCGGCUGUG